CUUUUUUAUGUUGUUGCUGCUGCACAGUGAGAUCAGCUGAUGAGUCAGAGCCAUGCAGUCAUUCCACUCUGCACACAGAGACUGCCCGGCCACUGACACACACACACAGGGAGACAACGCCGCUCUCUUGUCGCUGAAGCAACUUCUGAAAUUUGAGGGCGCAGCUUUUGCUCCUCACGGCGAGUCGUAGAGAUCGGGAGGCAGUGGCUGGAGAUCUCUCUGGUGCAGCAGGUUUAUUUGCACGGAAGUACUAGUUUGGUUGUGUUACUUCUGCUGCUGCUGCUGUGAGAGGCAACUGGAUAUGACUGGGCCGUGGCUUUGUUUGCUGGAACUUGAAUCCCAUCGUUUGGAGAGUGAGAAGGAUGCACCCUGCUGAAUCUGGCAAGAUCUGAAGAACAUUACAUACCUCUCCCCGUUUUGGGAACCUGCUACUCUUAAAAGUUAUUUAUAUCCUCUUACUGUUCUUACUGCCGCGGAGAAAUCUCCAAGGUUUACAUGUGUGUUGAUUACCAUGAAUCUGCAGCCUCAACAAAAGGCUUCAAAUAAAAGAACGGGAAAGAGAAUUUCGUUUUUCAACGAACAGGCCCUUGCAGUUCCAGGUAAACUGGCACAGGUGAAAGAGCAGCAGUUUUACGGGACCGCGGUGAGGCCGCCAGUUUCUCGGACUUCAGAUUUUUCCAAGCUGGACGGUCUUGCUUCUGCUCCUUCCAGCAAUAUGCUCAAUACAGUUAUGUAUACCCAGGAGAGACCCGAUGCUAUGAGAUUGAAUCAGCAGCAAGUUCCCUGUAAUUGGAAUGUAUCCGAAAGAAGUGAUCCUACGUGGCAAGCGCAGCCUGCUAAUAUGUGGCCGCGGAACCCAGGCGGAUAUGGCAUCACCAUGGUUUCUUCUUAUCACAACCAUCAUGAGCCACAAAAGCGGAGCCAGGACAAAGCAGUGGGAGUAUCUCAGCUAGAUAUGUAUGGGGAUGCUCUGCAGCAAAUGAUGUCUCAGAAAGCUCAACUGGAGCACCACACGCUUGCCCAACAGCAGGCCCAUUUAAACUCUGUUUUACAGGCUCAGCAGCAGCAGCAAAUUCAGCAGCAGCAAAUUCAGCAGCAGCAAAUUCAGCAGCAGCAAAUUCAGCAGCAGCAAAUUCAGCAGCAGCAAACACAGCACUUGUCUUUGCAGCCUUUUCAAAUGGCAUUUGGGCACCAAGGCCAGAAACCGGCACUUUCUGAACUGUUCCACGUGUUUCCUAAUGCCCCAUCUAAUGCUUCUUUUGCCUCACAGCAGAAACCGCAGCCAGCCCUACCUCAGAUGCAACUGUUUGAGAACUUUUACCCAACCCAGCAACAGCAGCAGGCAACCUAUGGCGUUCAGCCAGCUGUAACUAUGGCACAGCCUCAUGGGGUGGCACAGCAGAAGAUGCAUGUGAUAAGCCAGUCUCAGCUUGCUCCAGUAUCACAGGCAUACACAAAAGCUGUUGCAGAGCACAACCAGCAGACCGUGCUGCCCAAGGCUCAGAUUCCUUUGCCGAGGAGGUCACGCAGACUUUCUAAAGAAGGCCUCCCACCAUUAGCUCCUACAGGGAUCACUCAGCCUUUUGAGGGACAAGUAACGAAUCAAUACAUGCAAAAUCCUUAUGAGCAUACAAUACCACAUCAGGUAGCGGCACAUGAGCCUUACAAGAGGGGAAACCAGCAAAUAAUUACUCAGGACAAAAACUAUGGUCGUCUCCCUGAACUAGAUAAGGCACCUCUGCCUCAGAAUGGUAGAGCAGGGGAAAUGCAGCCUCAGGCUGAGCAGAGUGGGUCUGAAAACGACCCUCUUGCUGGGGGUACUGGAGGGGUGAUCCAGACUACAAGACGGCGACGGCGUAUAUCCCAGGAAGUCAAUCUGUUUACUUUGGCCCAGAAGGCAUCCGAAUUGCCAUCUCUUCAAAACACUAAGCUGGAUGCAGAAGCAUCAGGCGAUAAGAAGCAGAGCCUAGAAUCGAAAGCCAAUUUAGACUUUGCAGGAGUUCCAACUAACAAGAGGACCAGAGGAGAUGGCGACUUGAGACCCCUAGUAAUGCCUGUGUCUGUACCCGUGAAAAUGGAACCUGGGAAAGAAAAGGGAGAAGAUGCAACGAUGGAAAGGACUGCAGGCUCUGAAAGAGACUCCUCUUCAUCUAUGCCAUCUGUGAUAGUCACGCGGAAUAGAGCUGGGCAAGCAAAUCUAACUGAGGCAUCAGCAUUGAAAAAUGAAGCUUCUCCAAUAUCCGAAGGAGAAACCCAAUCCCGGAAACCAAAGCGACCUAGACCCGAACCUUUGUUUAUCCCUCCAAAAUCCGGCACCUUCAUUGUUCCUGUCCUAUAUUCCAACAUUACUCCAUACCAAAGCCACCUUCGAUCACCUGUACGGGUAUCUGAUCACCCAUGUGACAGAAACUUUGAACUUCCGCCUUAUACCCCACCACCCAUACUCAGCCCAGUACGUGAGGGCUCAGGACUGUACUUCAAUGCUAUCUUGUCGGCCAGCACCCAUGGAAUGCCUCCACCAAUCACACCCAAGAGCAGCACACGGACUCUGCUAAGAUCCACAGAUAGCUUGGAGGAUAUGCCGCCUUUGCUCACAGCCAUGGGAGAAGCCACCCCAGUUAGCAUAGAGCCGCGUAUAAACAUUGGCCCACGGUUCCAGGCAAACAUUCCAGACCUUCGAGACCUAAGUUCAGCCCCUUGCCGUGAGCAUAAAGCAAACCUUGUGUGGCAACCGUGGAACGAAUCUGACAACAGCCACCGGAAAGAAGUGGAAGAGCUACUUACAGCGGCUUGUUCCAGUAUCCUGCCAGGAGGAGGCACCAAUCAAGAGCUGACACUUCAUUAUCUACAUGAGACCAAGGGAAAUGUACUGGCUGCUCUGGCCAAGCUGCUCCUGAAAAAACCCAGCCGAAUUAGAAAUCAUCCUCUUUGUGACUAUCAUUACUCAGGAUCAGACCGAUGGUCUGUGGAAGAGAAAAGGCUUUUUAACAAAGGAAUGGCAAUUUACAAGAAAGACUUUCUGCUGGUACAGAAACUGAUAAAGACAAAGACCGUGGCUCAGUGUGUUGAGUUCUACUAUACCUACAAGAAGCAGGUGAAGAUUGGCCGCAAUGGAAUAUUAAUCUUUGGAGAUGCAGAGCCUGCGGCAGAUGAUAAAAACCCAAGGGAAGAUUCUGAAAUUAACAUAAAGAACUCUCAUCGAAUGCCACCUGUUAUCCCUCCCAGAAGGGAGAUUCUAAUAGAGAGAAGAGCAGAAGAGUUGACAAAUAAGGGAUUUGAGGAGAGUAAGAUACAAGUUCAUUCUAAUGAGCUGAAGAAAGAAGAGGAAGAGAGGGUGUCCCCUCCAACCAAGGUCACCCAAACUCUUGAAGCCAGUGAAAUAAUAAAUGAUACUCUGAUCCUGAGAAACCAGGAGUCCAACAGAAGAAUGGCAGAUCAAUCAUCCAGAACAAGAGAAAGGAGACCACGAAAUAAGUUUUCACCAGAAGGUACCAAACCUCCGGUCCAAAACAAGCCCCCUGAACAGGAAGGCAUUUUCCCUUGCAAAAAAUGUGGCAGGGUAUUCCUCAAAGUGAAAAGCCGCAGCGCCCAUAUGAAGAGCCACGCUGAACAAGAGAAAAAAGCCGCAGCGCAAAGGCAGAAUGAAGCUGCAGCGCAAAGGCAGAAUGAAGCUGCGGCACAAAGGCAGAAUGAAGCUGCGGCGCAAAGGCAGAAUGAAGCUGCGGCGCAAAGGCAGAAUGAAGCUGCGGCGCAAAGGCAGAAUGGAGCUGCGGCGCAAAGGCAGAAUGGAGCUGCGGCACAAAGGCAGAAUGGAGCUGCGGCACAAAGGCAGAAUGGAGCUGCGGCUGCCCAGGCUGCAUUACAAGCAAGAAUACGGUAUAAGGAAAGCAGUGACAGCGAGAGCAGUGACAGUAGCAGCAGCGAGAGUUGCGACAGUUCCUAUGAUGGGGAAAUCUAAUGAUGUGGAUGUGAGGAGGUGCUCCCCAGAGGCUGGCUCCUCUGUAUACUCUCCUUCAUUAUUUCCUACUUACUGUAUUGCACAGCAGAGCUUUGGCCUUGACUCAGCACAAUGAGCUACUGUAAUAUCUGCACAGAUCAAAUAUCCAGCCAAGUAUAAGAAAACCUGGGACUUUUUUAUGCAUACGUAUUUAUUAAGGAAACGCUCUUCAGAUCCACUGUGUAUUUUGGGGUGUAGAAUACUAUUUUUAGUCUAUGCCUGUAUUGGUGUAUUGGUUGCCACACCUUGAACAAAACCCAGUGUUCAUCAAUAGUGGAUAAUUCACAUAAUCCACUAUUUGGGAUUCGACCGAAUGCUUGGUGAAAGCUUCGGUUGAAUACUGAACAGAAUCCUAAUUUGCAUAUGUAAAUUAGGGGUAGGAAAGGAAAAAGUGGAAAAAAUUCUUCUUUUGUGACGAAAAGUCCCUACCCACCUCUAAUUUACAUAUGUGGAUGCGGUUUGGCCAGGCACAAGAAUUAGGCCGACUCCUGGAUUCGGUGCAUCCCUAUCAAUAACAUAAUUCGCUGGUUUGUACUUUAUCGCAGGUGUUUUUUUCCUCUAAACCAAAAAUCUAUUUUCGAUUUUACACCAUCCACCAAGUUGGCGUUACGUUUCACCUUUCUCCUCUGGCAAUGCUGCUACAGUGUGGCCGACGGCAAACGAGCUGUGUUUUGGUUUUCCAUAAAGGCAACUGCAGUGGCCAUAAAUAGAGACUAUGAAAUUGUAUAUACAAUAUCUAUUUUAUGUUUUGUAAAAAAAAAAAAUAUAUAUAUCGUAUAUAAAUAUAUAUAUAUAAUUUUUUUUGUAUUCUUGGGAGACAAUCUGUUAAUAAAAAGGGUUGGUGUAGGUGUCCAAACACCACCAGAGGCUCCGGGGCUUUCUGACAGUUGCAGUGCAAUGUGUUGGUGUGGCCUCUAGAAGCCGGUGGCCAUUGAUAACUGGUAAUUGAUAAACUGCCUUACGUUCUUGAUCUGUGUCACAGUCCGCCGAAAUUUGCUGUUAUUAACUGCAAGGGCAGACGUGCAGAAAUCACAGUAUUCUAACAUUUUUCAGUUAUAUUUCUUGGUAGCGUUCACAAGCAAUACAGAAUGGAUUCGGUGUAUAUGCCAAUGACAAACAAUCAGCAGCUCUGUUUCAUCGUUCUUAUUUUAAUCGCUUGGAGGCUUCAUCGACUUCUCCGAGCUUCCCCCCCAUGCAAAAUUCUGUGUUUUUUUAUUUAAGUGAGACGUUUGUGCUGCAACCAAACACAAUGAGGUGAGGGUGCAGAGCAGCAUGUUGGAGUCCAGAGCUGUAUACUGUGUGCUGCUUAAAUACAUUUGUUAUAUUCUGAAUUAUUUUUUUAUUAUGGCCACAAUAAAAAGUCUGUAAUUAUCGCAAUUUCUGUAGUCGUUGGAAUAAACGGGAUGCAGAAGGAUUUGUAAUAAAAAGCAUACAAUU